GGCCCGCCCAAGCGGCCGCCCCGGAAGCGCUCGCGGGGCCGUGGCGGAAGCGGGGCGGAGCGCGGCCUCUUUGGUGCUGGCGGCCGGCGAGGAUGACGAAGGGUACGUCAUCAUUUGGUAAACGACGAAAUAAGACACACACCCUGUGUCGUCGAUGUGGGUCCAAGGCAUACCAUCUGCAAAAAUCGACAUGUGGGAAAUGUGGUUACCCUGCUAAGCGUAAGAGAAAGUAUAACUGGAGUGCAAAGGCUAAAAGACGCAACACCACUGGUACUGGUCGCAUGAGGCACCUGAAAAAGGUCUACCGUCGAUUCAGGAAUGGAUUCCGUGAGGGAACCACCCCGAAGCCCAAGAGAGCAGCUGUUGCAGCCUCCAGUUCAUCUUAAAAGACUCAUCUAUUUGUUAAAAUAAAUGGUCUUAACCAGAAAA